AGCUGAACUCUCGGACGCGACAGUACGUUGUUUGAACGCUUGCUCACAACAAGUAGAUAAGUGAAUAGAAAAUCUACCACACGCGCGCGGAUUACGCACCAACGCAUCGAAUAUCUGCGCACGCAACGAAAACUCCUUCGUUUGAUGGUGUCCUUCUGGGGAUUGAAAAGCAAUAAUUUUUCAACGAUCAUCAUCCGAUGACAGCUAAAUGCCGAAAAAAGUGAAUCAUGGUUAACGAACGGUGCCGUUCUGCUUCUGAAUAAGUGGCUAUGAUCCUCACAAUGAUUGAUGAUGCCGAAAAGCGACGUCGAAGGGAAUUAAAUGAUCUAACCGAAGAAUUCCCGAGAAGAAAAUGUUUUGAGUUUUGAGCUAGUGGCUUGCCAUCUGGGGUUUCGUGUGUCCCUCAGGAUUAGUGAAAUAUGUGCUGCGAGAUUUUGUUUGUUAUGCGUCCGUCAUUCGCUGUUGUUGUGCAAAAGGUCUAAUUAUAUUUUAAUUAAUUAAUUGCGCUACAUUUUAAUAGCCGAUAGAAGGGAUCAGAAAAUUUACACUGGCGACAAAUUUCAGUGCUCGAUUUCAACCGGUUGCAAACAAGUGGAUCCAACGAAGCAUUCAGAAAUUGCGACGACCGAGAACGCAGCACAAGUUGCAGCCAGAAGAACCACAUGAAUAUGGGCGAGUGCGCCCAAACCACCAGAUCUGUUGCGGCAUUAGAGGCAAUUUUGCACGAAAACACGCGGUAACUGUUCUACGAUUUUGCGUACUGAAAAUGGUUUCGAAGGAUGUUCAAGAUAGGCUUGGUGAAGUGAGGGUAAUGUUUCGUGCUUAUUGAAAAGGGCAAUUUUCCGCUCUUGUGCCAGUAAAAGCCGUCACUAAAAAUGUUAUAGAAAUCUUAUCGAGAGUUCAUCCUGGUUUAGUGCAAAUAUGUACCAACAUUUUUUGCCAACGGUUAAAGUGCAAUUAAAAUACAUACAAUAAUCAUGGUGAAGAAUGCCUUGAAUUUCGUUUAAUAAAAAAGUGGAAAUGUGUAUGUGCCGUAUAGAUGAAUAGAUAAAACAACAAAGGAUGUAUCGUAACAACAGCAUUUGGAGGCGAUUUCCAAGACCCUGUCAUGCUUGCAGGAUACUCUUUUUACUGUUUAUAGUAAUUAUUGACCUGGCCGAUGGCAUGUACUACUCAAACCAUCAACGGAUAGAAGAACAUUCAAAGCCCAACCCACAACCGCCAGAUCCUUACAUAAAAACCUCAAUGUCAAAAAACGCCACGGUUCGUCGGGGAGAUCCGGCCUUUCUAACCUGUGUCGUGGAAAAUCUUGGCAAGUACACUGUAUCGUGGAUAUCCCAAAAGGAUUUGCGGAUCCUCACAAUUGAUCGGAUCACGUACACCGCAGACGAAAGAUUUCAGUCCCUACAUAAUGCGGACACGAACGAGUGGAUUCUGCACAUCAAAUGGACCGAACGGAAAGAUACCGGUAUCUAUGAGUGUCAGAUCUCCACGAUGCCAGUUAGGAGUUUGGCCCUCUAUCUGAUCGUGCUAAAUGAUUCCGAACUCGUACGAAGACAAGAUGAUAUUCUAUACGAUCUGCCAGUGCCGACCAGUCUACCGGAGGCAAAACGAAGUGGCUCUGGUGGCACUAAUUCUAGUAGCGUGGAUAUCUACAACCGGAUGUACGCGGAUAGAGAUUACUUAUACUUAACUUCAACGACACAGAUCGUGGAGGGAACUAUGGUGUAUGCUUACAAGGGAGAAAAUCUUAACCUUACUUGUAUCAUAAAUCACAAUUAUGAUCGUCGGCCCAAUCACGUGAUAUGGUAUCACCAGAAUGAUAUUGUGGCAUACGAAUCCUUACGUAAGCGAGACAAAUCUCCCUUGAAUAGUAUCACGUCACACCACGUGAUACGGAACGUGGACUUUGACGACUCUGGCAAUUAUACGUGCGCUCCAGAGCUGUAUGGAGCAGCCAGUACCAUCGUGCAAAUCUUAGAUGGUGACGAAACACAAGAUGUGAUAGCCAGUAAUAAGGCAGGAGCUGGGAAUGAAUUUCACUCGAGGGAAACUUUAUUAGUAGCUCUUGUAGCCGGCAUCCUGAGUCAAUGCAUAUUUUACUGUCAUCCGGACAAAGAGAGAUGAUGUUACUUAAUAAAAUAAUUCAAUACUAAGGCUGUAAAUAAUUCAACGCAAUGCAUGGGUAAACAGGA